AUGCAGGUGUUCGGGGAGUGGGCUCAAGUUGAGGUGGUGGAACUAGUCAACGAUGGGUCAGGGCUGGCGUUCGGUAUCGUUGGCGGGAGGUCGUCCGGCGUCGUGGUGAAGAGCGUUCUACCAGGAGGAGUUGCUGAUCGGGAUGGCAGGCUACGUAGUGGAGACAUGCUCCUGCGCAUCGGAGCGGUGUGCGUGGUGGGGAUGUGUGCGCGGCAAGCGGCCGCCGUACUGCGACAGUGUGGCGCGUGUGUUCGUCUGUUAGUUGCUAGACCCGCCCAUAGUAACACCUUACAGCCUACGAUACAAUCUCUAGGUGCAUCUCAAGCACCGAUCGUACCAUCACGGCUGUUAGCAGAUCCUAUAGAACUGGAGCGUGGUUUGGCUGAAGCAGGUCAUGAUGGGUUUGGGGCUCUCAGUGAAGACACAACACCACCGUCCCCACCACCUACUAUCAUUGAAGAACGGCUGCACCAUCGACCAGUGGCAUCUAUCGUGGCAGUGGUACCACGAGGAGCUUUAGCGCCUUCACCGCGACCGCCGCCUCUUAUCAUCACCUCAGAGCCCCAACCACCACCGAUGAGGUUACCGUUAGAUAUGGCGGUCAGAGGGACUGGAGAGCCAGAAACGUUGAGCUAUGAAGUAGAGCUGAAUAAGGACUCUGCGCUUGGGCUCGGUAUCACUGUGGCGGGCUAUGUUUGUGAACAAGAGGAACUGAGUGGUAUAUUCGUGAAGAGUAUCAGCGCUGGAAGCUCAGCGGACUUGUGCGGGAAGAUUCAAGUAAACGAUCGAAUUGUAGAGGUUGACGGAGUAUCUCUACAUGGGGUUACGAACCACAGGGCGGUCGCUCUACUUCGUGACGCCAGGGGACCCAUUGUUCGAUUAAAAGCUUUGAGGUAUCUGCGUGGCGCGGGGUUUGAAAGACUGCAAAAGGCGCUCGCGGCGCAAGACGGACGUAGGUCACCGAUAGCCCCCCCUAGCCCUUCUGUUACAUCGCUUGCCAAAUAUAGUUUUAGUGUGUACGACGAAUCAACAGUCAUAGAAGCAGAGCCAGAAUCAGAAGUCGAUCGUCAUCUGCCGUCCCCGACAUCCCCGUCCGACGAAGCCGAGAUAGUCAUCGGUCGGGACGACGAUAUAUCGGAACGUGAGAUACGACGAAUACAGGAUAAAUGGCGGGACAUAUUGCGGGACGAACCCGACUGGCCGGGACAUCAAUUUCAAUAUGAUAUUAUUGUCGGCACUAUAAUGAAAGGGAAAGACAGUGGGCUAGGUAUUUCCCUCGAAGGCACAGUGCGAGUGGUCGCCGGGAAAGAAGUGCAGGCCCGUCAUUACAUCAGAGCGAUCGCGCCCAACAGUCCUGUUGCUAAGCUGGCCUUGUAUAAAGUGGGAGAUGAGUUGUUAGAGGUUAACGGCUGGCGCGUACUAGGAGCGCAUCACGUAGAGGUGGUGACGAGACUGCGCGCGGUCAAGUCGCCGGUACUGUUGGUGGUCGUGAGAAAGCGAAGCGAUGCAGACAUACGGCUCGAUUCUAGCUUUUCGAGGAGUGGGGUAGUGGGGGGUAGUUUACAGGACCUGCUAGCGCCACCACAACGACUGAUUAAGGCGAAAUCGGAGAGUUCGGUCGCGUCUCUGUGCAGUGCUGCUACCGUGCUAUCCGCGGGACAUGAUCACGAUGAAUUUUGUUCAGAUGAUCUGGAAAGGAACAGGUCGAGGUCGUUGGAACCGCUGAGUGGUCUGGCGAUGUGGAGUGAUCAAGUUGAAUAUAUUCAGCUGCAAAAAGAAGAUAGAGGCUUAGGGUUUUCGAUAUUGGACUAUUUGGAUCCAUCCGAGCCUGGUAGCUCAGUGAUCGUGGUGCGGUCGGUGGUGCGCGGCGGCGCGGCGGCGCGCGACGGCCGCCUGGCGCCCGGCGACCGCCUCGUGUCCGUCAACGGGCUGGACGUGUCGAGGAGUCCACUGGCUGUCGCAGUGAGAGCUAUUAAAAGUGCACCUAAAGGAGUCGUUACAAUCGGCAUCGCAAAGCCACUCCCUUGUAGCACAGUGGUCGGGGGCGAGAAGGCGAAUGGACACAGCAUGCAAAGUAGUCAGGAAUGUAUAAACUCGCUGGCAUCAGACGAUCACACUGGAAUGGAUUCCUUUCAUGAAUGCUUACAAGAAUAUGGUGAAGGUUUGGAAGUAGUGCAAAUAUGUUUAGAGCCUGAAGAGUCGUCUAUAAAAGAUGAGGAGUUAUCUGUUUUAGCUGACAUAAGCUAUGACGAUUGCAAAAAAGACGGUUUAAAUAGAAAUGGUGAAAUUGCUACAGAUAUUAAACUUGAAGCAGAAAAAGUUAACGGUGUAGCAGAUUUAAAAUCGUCAAAAUCAGACGAGUCUUUGGACGAUGAUAUGACUAUGACAGAAGAUGAUGUUUUGCUCGGUCCUAGAGAACUAACUAUUAGAAGCAAGUCAGCUGAUAGAAAGGGGGCAGAUGAAAGAACGUUAUCAAAACAGCAAAGUAAAGAUCUUUCAACUUCAGACGAAAUGGUUUUUGCUGUAACGCCAACUGGCUUAGAGAGAAUUAGCUUCGAAAAAUAUUGGAAAGAAUGUGAUAUAAACAAAGAUAAAACAAAAAGUGACGAAAGUUGGAAGGAAUCUAUUAAUUCACCGACGGACGAUACCGCGAGUUUUUACGAUGCAACCGCAAGAGUUUCCGUCCAGGAACAAAACAAUCUGUUGUAUAUCGAUCAUGAAAUCGAUGGUUACGAAACAUGUCUCGACGACGAUCCAUCUGUAAAGUUUACGAAAAACAACGGUCAUAAAAUCAACGGAGAUAGCGAGAUCAAAGAGUUAGAUAAACACGAUAAAAUAGCCAUUAGAAACAAAGACAGAGAUACUUGUGCCAAAAGUAUUAACGAUCAGAACACUGCCAAUGCCGUGGACGAAGUGUCGUCUUAUGGCCGACCUUACGUGGAAGAACAUAUAAUUAAGCAAAUGCAAUCAUUGAGAAUAGAACCUAUAAAUGUAAACAUAGGAACAAAGAAAUUAAAAAAGAAAAGUCCGACCAAACCGUCCAAAAGCGAACGACGUUGCGUCGAAUACUAUAACGACCAAGCCGAAUGCUUAAAAGAGAUCAGACAGAAAGAACUUGAAAAAGAAGUAAAGAAUAAAGAAGAGAAGAUAACUAUAGAGAAUAAAAGUUGUAAGAAAAUGGAGAAGAAAUUUCUUAAAAAGCAAGAAAAAGAACCAAGCGAAGAUUCCGAUAUGGAUCCUAAUUACGUAGCAGGUUGUCAUAAAUGCUUUUUAGAGAACUACGCGUACGAAUUAACUAAAGCCUAUAUACAAGAAGCUACAGAUUGUAAAUACUGUGAUGUUCUGAGAGACAUGUUAGAUGUGCCAAAAAUAUUAUCAAAUAGAAGAGGCUCAGCACCAGCGUUGGUAAAUUUAGAUAGUCCUGGAUCCGACACAGAAGAUGAAUACUUUCUAUCAGUUCCUAGUUCAAAAGACAGAAGAAGAUCCACUGGCCCAUUAAAAUUUCCUGUAUCUUCUAGAAGAUCUAGG